AAAGUUUGCGUUGUUGUGUAAGUUUAUGGCGGCCUUACUUUAUUCUGGAACGGAUCGACAUUCUCUGAAGAGAUUUGUUUAAAAGGCUUUUGCUUUUCCAUCUUUCCAAACACUCGUCACUCAAGUUGCUAGAGCUCAAUUACCUUUCCUUACCUCACCAGGCACAAUUUGACUCAAGAUGCGUACCUCUACUCUUGCGGCCGCAGCCGUCGCCGUCACUGGCGCAAUGGCGAAACCUCGUUACCUCAUGUACUUCGAUCAAUGGGACACGCAAAACUUGCCCGAUCGCUCCGUGACUGCGGGUGUCACCCAUGUCACCACAGCGUUUGCGGGAACGACCUUAUUCACUGAUGGCGAGCAGUAUGAGCCAUUCAUGCCAUUGGACCAGAUCCGUGCUCUCUUCGACGAGGGCACCAAGAUUUGCAUGGCUAUUGGCGGAUGGGGAGACACGGCUGGCUUCAGUGCUGGUGCGAAGACGAAGCAAACGCGUCAGACAUAUGCUAAGAAUGUCGCUGCUACGGUCAAGAGACUGGGCUACGACUGUGUUGACAUUGACUGGGAGUUCCCGGGUGGAAAUGGCCAGGACUACAUUCAGACUCCCAACUCGGAAAAGGUCUGGGAGAUUGAUGCCUUCCCGCUCUUCCUCCAGGAGAUUAAGAGUGCCGUUGGAGCAGAAAUUGAGCUCUCUAUUGCUGCUCCGGGACGAGUCGAGGACAUGAUCGGUUACACGCCCGAGAAUGUGGCCAAGAUUAACCACAUUGUCGACUUUGUCAACGUCAUGACCUACGACCUCAUGAUGCGUCGGAUGAACACAACCACUCACCACUCCGGUGUCGCCAACUCUCUCGCCUCCGUCACCACUUAUAUCGAACGUGGCCUCUCCCCCAGCAAGAUCAACCUCGGCUUCGCCUUUUACGCAAAGUAUUUCACCACUGCUCCCGGCGUCAACUGCACGACUCCCGUUGGCUGCCCAACCACCGUGCUCGAAGAUGCCGAAGGCAACGACACAGGCCUCUCCGGCGCCAUCACCUUUGAAACAUCAACUUAUGCCGGCGCUCUCGAGCACGCCGUCGCCAACGGUAUCGCGGACGAGGAACUGGGCGGACAGUGGUGGUGGGAUUCGGAGAAGGAAAUCUUCUGGACGUGGGAUACGGCGGAGUUUGCUGCUCGCAAGUUCAAGGAUAUCGUGGUGCCCAAGGGACUGGGUGGUGUUUUCGCGUGGGCUUUGGCGCAGGAUAGCUAUGAUUGGAGUCGAUUCAAGGCGAUGCAGGCUGGCGUCAAGGCCAUGCAGCCCAAGUUGGAUAUCGAGGUGGGCGUUACGAUCUAAUGGCAUAGAUUUUGGUCAGCGGAAUAUGGUAGACUAUACACUUAGUUAAUAGUAAUAAUCAGAGAGCAUAAUCGACAGCUCUCAACAAAACUUCAAACCGUCUCAAGUUUGUCUCGUCUCCAUUUCUCCUCUAAAGAAGCUCGUAUAGUACGGCAAGUUGGCCUAUCUGCUC